AUGUCGGAUGUCUACACCGCCAUUUGCCGUGGUUCAUGUGUUGUUGUGACUUGUAAGCAGGAGACACAAUACAAUGUUAUCUUUGAUGCUGUGGAAUUCUUGCGUAAUAAUUGUAACUGGUACAAAGGUUCUUGGGAAGGGAGAGCUAUUUUGGUUAAGCUGCGUGAAAGUGUACCUGAGAGUGAAAGCUCUUUUGGGAAGAUCCUAUUAAGGCUUUCUCGUGAAAUUGUGAUUGCUACUCAGAUGUCAACUCAUAAUAAGGUCCAUAAACUACUAGGAUGCUGCCUUGAGACUAAAGUUCCAGUUCUUAUUUAUGAGUGGGUGGCUGCUGAAACUCUUGAAGAUCGUAUAUUACUCAAAGAUGAGAAACAAAACAAACUACCUGUAUUAGAGUGGAAAGACAGACUAAGGAUUGCAUGGGAAAUCUCUUGUGCUGUUUCAUAUUUCCAUUCAGCUUUUCCAAGGCCUUUCAUCCACGGGUACUUGGAACCUCUUAGUGUUUUUUUGAACCAGGACAAUGCUGCCAUAUUGUCCAACUUCAGUCUUUCUGCUUCUAUUCCCGAGGGUCAAAAUUUUGUGGUUGAUCAUUUUGUAGAAGAGACCAGGGGUUAUGAGGCACCUGAAUAUCAAACACGUAGAGAAUUCACAGAAUAUACAGAUGUGUAUUCAUUUGGUGUGCUUUUUCUUGUGCUCUUAACAGGAAAAGAUGCUACCUUUUCUUGUAUCUGCAUUGGAGAAAAUGCUAAGUCGACCAACAUAAUUGACUGGGUAACCUCAAAGAUAAGAAAUAAGCGCAUUAGUGAGAUUGUAGAUCCUGUAAUUAAUAAUAGUGAAAUACCAGCCUCUGAAUUGAGUGCAUCUAUAGAUCUUGCACUCAGGUGCACAUCAUUUCAAGCAUACAAAAGGCCAACCAUGGAGGAUGUUGAAAUUGAGCUUUGCAACAUGCUCAGAUCCUCUAAAUCUAUCCCUACCACCAGCAGUGUUGUCUGAAUGUCCAUGCUACAGCCUCAAUUACAAUUGAUUGAUAGUGUAUUAUGCAGAUCUGUUUAUAACAAGUUUCUUGCGACACAUCAAUGAAAACAUACUUUAAAACAGUAACAUCAAAGUACUAGUAUUAACCAUGAAAUGUCUAAGUAAUCUCCUUGAUUUACCGAGCUCACAAAUCAAGUGACAUCUUCGGUAAUACAGAUAAAAUAUAUCAAGUCUUACUCAUUGAAUAUGACUAUAUUUUUCAUUUGUAAAAAAUUUAAAUAAAAUCCAAAAUUAAAAGUCAUAGCAUUGUGUUUUAUGCAUACCAUCACAUACUCAUAUCUAACCCGAACAAAAUAAAAUACGGAGUAAUUAUAAAUUAAAUAGCACAGAAAAAC